AUGACAACACACAGGAGAGAAGACAGACAGCAACCGCAGCAAAAGAUGCAGCGACUUGAGCCUGAGAAUGAGAUAGUGAUUGUCGGGGGUGGGAUUUGUGGCCUCGCCACCGCCCUUGCUUUGCAUAGGAAAGGAAUAAACAGCUUGGUACUAGAGAAAUCGGAGAUACUGAGGGCAAGUGGAGCAGCCAUCGGAAUACUGGAUAACGGAUGGCGAGCCCUGGAGCAGCUCGGCGUCGCCGAUCGUCUCCGUCAAACUGCUAUCCCAGUUCAGGGGGCUCGAGAGAUAUGGCUUGAUAAGAAGGCGAAGGAAAUAUCUGCGGAGUGGAGUGGGGAAAAUCGAUGCUUGAGGCGAAGUGAUCUGGUGAACGCGCUAGCUGAUGCUUUGCCGCCUGAUGCGAUACGUUUCGGAUGUCAAGUAGUCUUCGUCGAGCUCCAUCCUUCGACUUCUUACCCAAUUCUUCAUCUUCAGGAUGGUAAUACUAUUAUGGCAAAGCUUGUAAUUGGAUGCGAUGGAGCAAGGUCGGCCGUUUCCAACUUCCUCAACUUAAAGCCUACUGGAGUAUUUGGCCUUUUAACAACGAGAGGCAUGACUUAUUAUCCAAUUGGUCAUCCAUUUUCCCAUGAAUUUGUUCAAACUUACAAAAACAACGUUGUGGUAGGACGUGUUCCAAUUGGCGAGAAGUUAGUUCACUGGUUGAUAACUCAGCAAGGAUCUCCUAAAGGUGAAAAUAUUUCAAAAAAUCCGGAGUAUGUGAAGCAGUUAACCCUACAUGCCAUCAAUAGUUUCCCAGAAGAAAUCAUUCAAAUGGUGGAAUGUAGUGACCUAGAGUCAUUAUCUUUCGCACGUUUGAGGUAUCGUGCACCAUGGGAGCUCUUAACAGGAAACUUUCGCAAAGGAACUGUUACGGUAGCCGGGGAUGCCAUGCACGUGAUGGGUCAUUUUCUAGGGCAAGGUGGCUCUGCAGGUUUAGAAGAUGCAAUCGUGCUUGCUAGAUGUUUAUCGCAGAAGUUGAGUUUCAUUGACCCAAUAACAGAUGAAAAUGGAAAGGUUAUGCACAAUAUCGAAGCAGCAAUAGAUCAAUAUCUGAAAGAGCGGAAGAUGAGGGUUGCGAGAUUGUCAACACAAUCAUUUCUUAUUGGUUUAUUAUGGCAAUCCUCGUCGAUGGUGGUGAAAUUUGUUAUUGUCAUUUUAAUGGUUGUUCUCUUUAACAACAUAGCUCUUCAUACUAAAUAUGACUGUGGCAAGCUGUGA